UCAGCCAUGAGGUUAUAAAAAUCCGGUAGCAGCCGCUAGUUCACCACCUUCCAAGUUAAUUCUACCUGCCUGUCCCCUCCACGACCGUCCUCUGCGGCUGUCUAAGCAGUGGGUCCGACACCGACGCCAACACUGGAGCUAUAACAUUAUCAACCGGGGCUCCGGUUUAACGCGUCGCAGCAAGCUGACAAGCCUUCGCGGUGUGAUCUCUCGCAACGAUCUCUGAAAGCGCUCGGAGAAAGUGCAAUCGUUUAGGCCGGACAGACACCACUGCCGCAGCUGCCGCACGUCCUCCCCUCAACAAAAUCGCCCAAAUCGACGCAAAAAUGGUGCAAAAUAAAAUCACCGAAGUGACUGGAUUCCACCGCUCUUUUAAGGGCCAAAAUCCUUUUGCCACAGAUGACUUCACCAAAAAUGGAUCUCAUCUUCUUGAUUCAACAUUUGAUUUUGAUUCCUCCCCAAGGCACGACAUACCCUCCAGCCAGCCUAUUGACAUCCCUGACGCCAAGAAGAGACACAAGAAGAAGAAACGUUGCAGGGCAACGGACAGUUUCUCUGGACGAUUUGAGGAUGUAUACAGACUGCAGGAGGAAGUACUGGGAGAAGGUGCCUAUGCCAGGGUGCAAACGUGUAUCAACCUCAUCACCAACAAUGAGUAUGCUGUCAAGAUAAUAGAAAAAAGACCAGGCCACAGCCGCAGCAGAGUCUUCCGUGAGGUUGAAAUGCUCUACCAGUGCCAGGGUCACAGUAACAUCCUGGAGUUGGUGGAGUUCUUUGAAGAGGAAGACAAGUUCUACCUGGUGUUUGAAAAGCUGAGAGGAGGUUCGAUUUUGGCGCACAUUCACAAGAGGCAGCACUUCAGUGAGCAGGAAGCCAGAAUUGUUGUGCAGGACAUUGCCAAAGCUCUGGAUUUCCUGCAUAACAAGGGGAUGGCACACAGAGACCUCAAACCUGAAAACAUCCUCUGCGAACGUGUAGACAAGAUUUCCCCUGUGAAGAUUUGCGACUUUGACCUGGGCAGUGGCAUCAAACUGAACAGUGACAGCUCGCCCAUCUCCACCCCUGAGCUUCUCACUCCUUGUGGCUCUGCAGAAUACAUGGCCCCCGAGGUGGUAGAGGCCUUCAGCGAGGAGGCAACCAUUUAUGACAAGCGCUGUGACCUCUGGAGCCUCGGCGUCAUCUUGUACAUCAUGCUGAGCGGUUACCCGCCUUUUGUUGGCCGCUGCGGUGGCGGCUGUGGCUGGGAACUGGGGGAACCCUGCCACACGUGCCAGAACACCCUGUUUGAAAGUAUUCAAGAAGGAAAGUACGAGUUUCCUGACAAGGACUGGGCUCAUAUCUCCUCAAGUGCCAAAGAUCUCAUAUCCAAACUUCUGGUGCGGGAUGCCAAAAAUCGCCUUAGUGCCAGCCAGGUGCUGCAGCACCCGUGGGUGGAGGGGGAUGGAUCAAACAUGCUGCCAACUCCUCUUUUUCAUCAGAGAAGCAGCCAUGCAAGGGAUCUGACGUUCUUUGCCGACAAAGUCAUGGCUGUGAACCGGCAGCUGGCUGAACAGGACGGCAUGGAGGAGGAGCAGCAGCAGGACGUCCCGGUCGUGGUCACUGCCGCCGGCUCCUCCAUGCGCCUCUUUCCUCCUUCCAACUCCAAGCUGGCCCGGCGCAGGCAGCGAAGCAGCCAGCCCAAAGCUGGGCCCGUGUCCGCUGCUGAGCUUCGGCAGCUUUUGGCCCCGCUUGUUAUCGUGGGCGAUUGUGCCUGAACUUUUUUUCAACGCUGACCUCAAACUUCCGUCGGGACGACCCCCCCCCCCCCCCCCCCCCCCCCAAUUCAGGGCUCCCCGUUUUUGACUCCAGCUGACCUCGGUUCCUCGCCAUUCAGGCUUUUUUUCUGCCUCGCUGUAAGGGGCGGGGAGACCACAGCUCUUCCUCUAAAUGCCUUUUUUGACCUUCUGCAGCACUUCUGAAGCACAUCAGACCGGGGGCCUGCAAGUACAGACUCACGUCCAGGUUUUUGGGGAGAGGGGAGUGAGAAUUUUUCUUUUUUCUUUUUUUUUUUUAAAGUUAUGUAUUUUUUUCCCCCUGCUCCGUUCAGCGAAACACUUAUUUUUGAAAGGAAGCUCCGACACCAAAGGACAACCUCUUGUGCUGCUCCCACGUUACAACUGGAUCCACUGUGAAUUAAGUUGUCCGGAAUGUUCUGUAAACGCAUGAAUGGUCAAUAUGCACAUACAAGUUUAUGCAAUAUGCCAAGAUGAAGGCUGUUCCUGUCUGUGAGGAAUUCAAGUAUACGGGGUUUGUAAGUCAAUGCUGUCUGUGCCUGGUGCAGUUAAUUGUGUGGCUGGGGGUGAGGGGGGUGGAGAGAGGAAGAUACACUUUUUUUUUUGUCUCCGUUCAACACAAAAGCAUGGGAGAUGUAAUUCUCCAGGAGCAGAAAAUGUCCACACUGCCAGCUAUGAUUGAACAAGUACACUGAUUAAUGAUACAACAUGGCCAGUUGCCAUACUGUUCAGUGUAUAUUAUGGUGCACCGUCACACACAUCCCAAAAAUGAGUUGCUCAGCCUUCAACCAUAUCUGGUAUGUUGGUGAGAAUAAAGCAGAAUUUUUUUUUUGUCCCACAGCCACACCCAAAACUUUUUUUUUUUUUCAUUAUUAAUGCAAAUUGUGUGCUUCAGAUCUAACUUUGCUAUUUUGGCAGCAAAUGUUAGAAAAGGGUUGGAAAAGCACAUUUUGGCCGAUGUGACCUCAAUGUCAUUUUGUUAAUUGAAUACACUUAUUAUCGUUUAAUGUGUUCUCUUAUUUUUCAACAUUUCUACAUAUUGACAUCAUUGAAAAGUGAUUUUUCACGUACAACAAAAAAAAAACAAAAAGGAAAAACAUUCCGCUAAAAAGAACAAAAAAAAAAAAAGUCUUCCACAAAUGUGUAGCUGUACUAUGUUUACUUUUUUCAUGUUUAAGAACUCCAUGUGAAUGUGCCACUUUUCUUUUCAUUUUUGUUAACUUUUCUACUUUGAUUAUCAUGGAGGUGCUGUUGAGUUCAGGUGAAACACCGGAUGUUUUCCUUAAGCUUGUUUUCAUGUGUUAAAAGUCCUGAGUCGGAGUCAGAAAGUUGGAAGUUUUAGUUGAGCUGGAGCGUUCUUGCCCAGAGUUUUGUUUUCUUCCCCCCAAGAGUUGGCAAUAAUUUGUCCGAGUUCAGUUAAAGUGUGAUUUCACAAAAAAAAAAAAAAAAAAAGAGGGUU